AUGGCGUCCCCUAAAGUGGUUGUGGUGUUUGGCGCGACCGGAAGACAGGGAGGGUCUGUAGCGAGAGCCCUGGUCAAGGAUGGCCAGUUCACGGUACGGGCAAUCACCCGUCAUGGCGACAGCGAAAAGGCCAAGGAGCUCGAGAAAGAAGGUUGCGAUGUGGUCGUUGCCGACCUCGAUGACAAGCCCAGCGUUGUGGAGGCGAUGCGGGGAGCUUAUGGCGUUUUCCUCGUCACCAACUACUGGGAAGACAUGGACGAAGAGCGCGAGUUCAUCGAGGGUAAGAACGCAGUAGACGCUGCCAUAGAGUGUGGAAUUGAGCACCUUGUUUAUAGUGGCCUGGAGGACGCAAAGGAACUGUGCGGCUACUCUGUGCCGUGUUUUGACGGCAAGGGCCGGGUGGAGGAAUACAUUCGGUCAUGUGGUCUGCCCUACACCAUUGUCAGGCUGUCGUUCUACAUGGGCAACGUAUUCAACUAUUUUGUGCCCAAAAAGCAAGAAGACGGCUCCUUCCAUCUCGAAAUACCAAUGGAAGGACAUCCGCUAUAUAUGGUGUGUGUCCGUGAAGUAGGUCCUAUAAUAGUCUGCAUCUUCGGAGAUCCCGGGGAAUAUGCAGGAAGAACUCUUGGAUUGAGCAGCGAACAGCUCACGGUAGACGAGAUGGCCCAACAAAUGACGGAAUGUCUAGGGGUGGAGGUCAACAAUGGCAACGUACCCCUCUCCGAAUUCUGCAAACUGAAUAUCCCUGGGAUCGAUGUGUACUGCGCCAUGUUUAAGUACUUCCAAUCUGAUCUCUACAAAAGAGACAUAGAACUUACCCGGAAGUUGAAUCCAGAGUGGUCUACCUUCAGAGAAUGGCUGGCGCGCAAUAAAGAGGCGCUGUUGGCUGCAAUGAACCAGUAAUGACGGACAUACGUUCUGAAUCGCAACGUUUACGCAGCUGAUGGUGUUGCGUAAUGGUUAAAGUGUUCACUCACUAAUUGAUUACUUUUUCAUUAUCAUUUUACUUUAAUGCACUGAUAAUAAAAGUCUUCUCUAGCACCAA